AUCCAUGUACGAUAAUUUUUCGGCCUCUGGUACGAUAGUUGCCUGGCUUCAGGUUGUGAACACUGUGCAGUAUGCACUAUUGUCAGUUGAAAAUAAACCACCGCAUAAUGAACACGUAUUUCAUUUGCCGCCUGUCUGACUAUAAGAUAUACCAAUGUCUAAUGGCAAAAUAGUGGACAGUACAUUUAUUGAACUUUAUAACAUGAUAAUGAUAUAAAAUGAGAUACAAAACACUAGAUGAGAAAAACCACUGUAUCACAUUUAAAAACUUUCAAAACAAUUUUAAUGGAACUUUAAACAGGCGCGGUAAAGAGUACUGAGUUGUCUUUGGAUUUUUGAGAAAUUUGUGGACACAUUUUCAGUUUAGAUUUUAUUACGGACUAUUGGACGCUGAUAACGUAAUCUCAUUUUAUCCAAACGAAACGUCAUAACAUAAUUGUUAGUAAGAUAACAACAGUGUGUUCAUGAAGAACAAUGAGUACUCUGGCGAAUACAGAAAAAAACAUCACGAUUAAAGCUCAAUGGGGACAAAUAGCUGCUAUAACUUGGGGUAAUUCGUCAAAUCCAGCCGUGCUUCUGUGCCCUGGAAGAAUGGUUCCUUGCUCCAGCUUCCGACCGCUAAUCAAACAAAUGCCUGACUGCUUUUUCUACGUAGCUAUCGAUCUGCCUGGAAACGGCCUGUCGGACCACCUACCUCCAGGCAUCCGGUACACGGUGCUCGAUUUAGUGCCAUCAAUUGUGAAGGUGGUGGAACACUUUAAAUGGGAGAAGGUUAUGUUUAUCGGACAUUCUUUGGGGACUGUUAUUGGUACGUACUUUAACAUGGCGUAUCCGAACCGUGUUACUCGUUUCGUCCAACUAGACCCCAUACCCCUGUACCACACGGUGAUCCCAGAGACCUUCGAGGCCUGGUACCAGGAAUACUAUCGCAGCAAUUAUGAUCACGAUCAGUACUUAAAGCAUACCAGUGGACGGCAUACAGCACCCAGAUAUAGCUUAGAUGAUAUAAAAAGGCGACUGAUGACAGCCCAUAAAAUAAAUGAAGAAACCCUAGAUCAUGUGUUAGACAGGUAUAUUGAACCAGCCGGUGAUGGAUUGUAUAGGUUCACCUACGACCAACGUAUGAAGAACACCACCACGAUGCCCUUCUCACCUGACAACUUAAAAUUAUUCUUGACAUCAUCCAAAAUUCCCACCCUCGCAAUCUUCGCCAAAUUUGUCAUAGACGCGGGAGCAUAUUCUAAAGUACCUUUCGCUUUCGACACAAAAGCAUGGCCGCAUGGUAAUUACGGGUACAAAAUAGUGUCCGGAUAUCACGACGUGCAUAUGAGUAACCCUGAGUUAAUGGCGGAUGAUAUAGCUAAUUUUUUAUUACAAUCAAAGGCUAAAUUGUAAUAAGAUAGUUGGAGCUAGUAGAUCGUUGUAGGCGAAAGAAGGCCUAUCGAUUUCGUUGAAGGAGGAUCUGCUGCAGCUAAAAACCAGCAAUUGGUCAGAAAUAGAGCAAUGAUAAUUUCCAGUGAUAAUACAUUCGGUUUGAGAAAGAUCAU